CAGCUUCAGAUUCGAAAAAUAAGCAGCGUUGGUGUUGCAGGUUUUUAACUGUCUUUCAACUUUACUUUUAUGCUUUGUUUGUACUUGCUUUUGGAGGAUUCCUGGGCAUGCUAGUGACCAGCGCUGAUCUUUUGAUCCACAAACGAUUAUGGACUCCGAUUUCUCAGCCGGCGAAACUUCCGGCUAUGGUUCCGUCGACCCGGACUUUGGCUUUGCUUUUGACGACAGUAAUUUCUCCGAUCGGAUCUUGAGGAUCGAGAUCAUGCCUGAUUGCCCGAAACUAAAUCCGACGGUGAUGGUUGCUCCUCUAUCGCUGAUUGGGCGCGUAAUAGAAAGACGGAGGGAAGAUUUCAAGAAAGAAAACGAUUUUAUCGUGCAAAGUGAGGAGCAAAUCUUGAAUUGUAAAAUGCCAUACACGGUGGAUGGUGUAACGUAUGUGAAUCAAGAUGAAGAGCCCAUGUCAAUAGCUGAAGUCACCUUCUGAUGUUGGAUUUAAU